UAAGGAGGUAGAGAUGGAAAUGAGGGUAUAUAAUGAUAUAAAUAACGGCAAUGGAUAGAUGAACAAAAUACCUAAACAAGAGACACACACUGCAACUUCACGAGAAGAUCAGAUACUCACCAAGCUCCCCUUUCCACCAAACACACCCCCCUUUCUUGCGAUAAUAACAGCCAGAAGUACCUACCUACCUACCUAACCCACAGCAAAGAUCAAAGAUGGCAAAAUACAACAAGCUCGCAAACAAGCACAUCCUCGUGAUCGGCGGAACCGCCGGCAUCGGCCGCGGCGUCGUCGAAGCCUCCCUCGAGUCCGGCGCCCGCGUCACCCUCUCCGGCUCCAGCCCCCAAAGCGUCGCCUCCGCCCUCGCCUCCAUACAAGCCACAUACCCCUCCUCCUCCUCCCCCCCCCCUCUACUCACCGGGAUCCCCUGCGACCUCUCCACCGACGACAUCGAGCGCGCUCUCGACGACCUCCUCACCUCCGCCGAGCACACCCAGCCAAUCGACCACAUCGUGCUGACCGCCGCCGACCCGCUCGCCAUAAUGCCGCUCGCCGCCAUCACCACCCCACAGAUCCGCGCCUCCGCGCGCUUCCGCAUGGAGGUGCCCCUCGUCCUCGGCAAGGCCGCGGCGCGCCACCUGCGGCGCUCGGCGCAGUGCAGCCUCACGCUCACGACGGGGGGGAUCGCGUACCAGCCGUCGCGCGGCUGGAGCCUCCCCGCGUUCACGGGCGCGGGGCUGGCGGGGCUGGCGCGGAACCUGGCGCUGGAGAUGGCGCCGGUGCGGGUCAAUGCGGUGGCGCCGGGGUUCGUGCGGACGGGCCUGUGGGAGGGGAUGGGGAUGAGCGGGGAGCAGAUGGCGAGGGAGCUGGGGGGGAGGUAUCCGACGGGGAAGGCGGCGGUGGUGGAGGAGGUGGCGGAGGCGUAUGUGUAUUUGAUGAAGGAUGGGAAUGCGACGGGGGAGGUGGGUUGACUCCUUUCCUUUUUUUUUUUUUUUUUUUGGCUUGAUCUUUGGG